UAGAAAACAUUUGAAUGUCGUCGAUCUAGUGAUUGUGAUGUUACAUUGGAAUCACGUCGUCGUUGUGCAGGAUGUCGAUUACAAAAAUGUUUAAAAAAUGGAAUGACACGUGAUCGACUUUUAACAGUAAUUAUUAAAUAAAAAAGUUGAAUAAAAUAUUAGUUUCAAAAUUUUUUUAUUUAGUCUGAACAAAAAGCAAUUAAACUUCGUCAAAUUGAAGAAAAUCGAAAUUCAACAUUAAAAAUAAAUAGCAAUAAUGAUAAACUAUCUGUAAAAAUUGAUCCGGAAAUAAUCGAAGAAAAACCUCAAAAAUUAUUUUCAAAAACUGAUCAGGAAAUAGUGGAAGAAAAACCUCAAAAAUUAUCUUCAAAAAUUGACCAGGAAAUAAAGGAAGAACAACCUCAACUAUUAAAAACUGUAGAUUGUGCUCAUGUGGCAACAUUGGAAAAUACAAAUCUUCUUUUUACUAAAGAUGUUACUGAUCUUUUACGAAAUGAAUCAUCAUUGGAACCACGAACACCGCUUAGUCCGGAAGAUUUACAACGGGUAGAAACUAUUAAACUCUCAUAUGAACAACGUAUUGAAUUCGCGGCUCGUGAUGGCCUUCCGUGGGAUCCAUCAUCAUAUGCGACUACUGUCUUAGAACAGGUGAAUUCCCGAUCAGUAUCAGCUUUAAGACUUAUAUCUUUCUUCAAACAAGUACCUGAAUUUAAUGAAAUAAAUGUUCAAGAUCGAAUUACAUUAAUAAAAUAUAAUCUAAUGCCGCUUACCAUGUUAAAUUAUACACUCUCAUAUAAUACAGAAACUGCAACAAUUAGAGAAGCAGACGUUGAUGCUCCUUGGGAUACAUCCAUAUUAUCAAAAGUUCAUGGUGAUGAUAUUUAUGAACGUUGUAAAAAAAUUUUUGAAUCAUUUGCAAGUAUUACUCAAAAUGAUCAACGAAUAAUGCAAUUAGCACUUAUUAUACUUAUUCUAACUAAAGGAUUUUCAACGAAUACUGCUUCAUCUGAACCUAUUCUUAAUGAUGGUAUAACUGUAUAUCGUGCACAAAAUUUUUAUACAGAACUUUUAUGGAAAUAUUUAGAAGCAACCUGUGGAUAUGGAGAAGGUAUUCGUAUAUUUAAUAAACUUGUUAUGCAUUUUAUGUCAUGGCAAACUCUGCAUGGAUAUAUGGCAAGUAAUUUAUUUAAUGUAUUAACACCUGUUCAAGUGAAUGAAUUAUUACCAAUUAUGAAAUCAUUAAUACAUAUUCCAUUGAAAAAAUAA